UCCGCUCCGGCGACGUCCCGUUCGUCGUCGUCGCUCUCGGUUCCCUCUCCGCGCGCGCCGUCGACGCGCGUCGCGCUUCCGUCGUCGUCGUCGUCGUCGUCGUCGCGCCGUACGAUCGCCGAGCGGCGCGAACGAAAGAAUCAAUCGUCGUCAUCGUCGUCGUCGUCGUCGUCAUCGUCAUCGUCGUCAUCGUCGACGAACGCGCGAUCCGCCUCGAUCGCCCGUCGCAUAUGAGAGGCGCGGCGGGUGAUACGGCGUUGAGCAGGAAGAGGGGCUGGCACGAGAAGAUGAUCGAUGAGCACAAACGCAAGGCAAGCAAAGGCGAGCAAAUUAGCAUUAGGAACUACCUCUUAUAG